AUGUCUCAACAAUCGGACAUCAAGUUGUACACCACACAGACGCCUAACGGCAUAAAGAUUUCGAUAACUUUGGAAGAGCUAGGCCUUCCUUACACAGUCCACAAGAUCGACAUCUCUAAGAAUACACAAAAAGAAGAAUGGUUCCUGGAAAUUAACCCCAAUGGACGAAUUCCUGCGCUCACCGAUACCUUCACUGAUGGCCAAACUAUCAACCUCUUCGAGUCUGGAAGUAUCAUGGAAUAUCUUGUCGACCGCUACGAUACGGAUCACAAGAUCAGCUUCCCUAAGGGCACACGCGAAUGGUACACAAUGAAAAACUGGCUCUACUUUCAAAAUGCUGGCGUUGGGCCCAUGCAAGGUCAAGCUAACCAUUUUACGCGGUAUGCACCCGAACACAUUGAUUACGGUGUCAAGCGAUACCAGAACGAAACUCGUCGUCUCUACUCCGUGCUAGAGAAGCAUCUUGCCUCAGACAACAAGGCUUACAUAUGUGGUGAGAGAUGCACGAUUGCUGAUAUCGCCCACUAUGGAUGGGUCGCUUCUGCAGGUUGGGCAGGCGUCGAUAUUGACGAAUUCCCUUCGCUCAAAGCCUGGGAGGAGCGCAUGACAUCCCGUCCUGGUGUCGAGAAGGGUCGUCACAUUCCUGACCCUCACUCCAUCAAAGAACUUCUCCAAGACAAAGACAAGAUGGAAAAGUACGCUGCAGAAAGCCGCAAAUGGAUCCAGGGAGGAAUGAAGCAGGAUGCUGAGAAGCAAAAGUAA